UGACAGUUCUCAAAAAUUGGGGCAGUAGUCCAAUAUGUAUGUAAUAAAUAAUAAUACAUAUAUUAAAAUUAUAAAAUGAGGUAGCACGAGUAAUGUUACUAUAAAAAAUUUAAAAUAAAUUUAAUUAAAUCGUAACUUAAUCAUGAAGACUGAAGAAACUCCAGCAGAUCCUAUAUGGACAAAUAAUGUAGAAUUGCUAGCAAACGAGGAAUGCUUGCCAGUCAUCGGUAGUUGUCAGGUCUCUUCCAUCUUACAAAAUUUAGAUGCAAAUGACCAAGAAAUUAACCACCACAAUAUGGACUUGAUAAUCCUACCAGCAAAUGAUCUCAAACUUCCUAACGUUAAUAAUUCCUUUAAUUCACAAAACAAUUACGUUGUGCUGAAAGAAAAUGGAAGUGCAACAUUUAAUACAAAGAUAAAAGUGAUCAACGCAAAUAACACCGAGAAAGCUGUUGAACGCGAUAAGAAAAAGAACUUUGAAAAUAUGUUAUAUUUUGUAUGCAAUUUGUGCCCAUUUCUCUGUACAAAAGACACAAAGAUUACAGAACACUUAGAGAACGCUCAUAAAAAUAAGACUAUUAUUAAACUACCUGAAUUUAAAUGCCCUGCUUGUGCAAAUAUAUUUUUUCACAGAAUGUCCUUAAGGUCACAUCUAAUUCAUGAUCAUGGAGUUGGAAAUUCAGACUUGAAUCAGAUAAUUCAAGCCGUCAUUUAUUAUUCUAGUAAAAGCAGUGGUAAAGACAAGGCGGAAAAUAAGAAAAAUGUUAAGAAAGACCUCGAUUUGACUGCAAUUAAGAAAGCUUUAACUGUAGAAAAUCAAAACUACUCGUCAACUGACGAUAACUUUUCUAGUCCAGUCCCGGAUAUGUGUGACGAUACAACUCGGCAGAAGAAAGAGACUAAAGCGAUAGCUCUACCUCAAGUCGACAUCACGCAGAAGAAUUGCGAAAAGAUAUUCGGUACUCUAAUGAAGCAACCCCAUCACGUUACCAAGUAUAUGGAUUCCAAAAGAUCAAAUAAGUGCGUCAUUUCAAAUUGCAAAGUCCGGUUUCAAGACGUGGACAAGAUCACCUACCACAUCAGUUGCCACGCCGACUGCGGUUUCAAGUGCCACGAGUGCGGCGAAAAAUUUUCAUUUUGGAAACCCUUAACCUCGCAUUUAUGGCGAUUGCACAGAAUCGACAUGGACUUGUACUCUUGUGAUAAAUGCGAGUAUAAAACUUUCAGCCUCGCGAAGUUGAAUAACAUCCAUAAACUUAUCCACAGUGAAGUGAGGGGUUAUGUGUGUGACGUUUGUAAUAAGUCGUUUAAAAAUAGCAAACAGCUACGGAACCACAAGAUAACGCAUAAAAAUAAAACGGAAAAGUUGUCGCACGUGUGCGAAGUGUGUUCGAAAAGUUUCACGGAUAGAAGACAACUGCGGGUACAUAUGGACGUGGUGCAUAAGAAGAUUAGGCCGUAUUUGUGUAAUUAUUGUGGUUAUAAAGGUUCGUCGAGGAGUUCGUUGAAGAUGCACAUCCGUCAACAUACAGGGGAAAAACCAUUUUCCUGCGACUCGUGCUCGUAUACCACAUCGGAUCACAAUUCGUUGAGGCGGCACAAGCUCCGUCACACUGGCCAGAAGCCCUACAAGUGCACCUACUGUACGUACGCUUGCAUCCAAAGCAGUACGUACAAAACCCACUUGAAGACUAAGCAUCCCGGGAUGGAGAAGGACUUGAUGUUUACCUGCCACGAGUGCCAGUUUAGGUCAGUCAAUAAGGAUAUGUUCACGUCGCACUUAAUUACCGUACAUAAGAUCAAACCGCAACCAAACGGUUGAAUUAAUUUACGUCCUCUGUCAUAACCAUUGAGAAAACUGCAAACGCAGAACCGAUUUUAGAUUUAUUUUUUGUGCGACGUUUUCGUACGUAUUUUUAGGGAAAAUUAUUUUUAAAUUUCAAAAAGAUUUAUUUCUUUAAACAUAUUAUAGUUGGUACGAUUUUUAAAGAUAGUAGUUCAAAGAAACAAAUAAAUAAAUAAGAAAUAUUAUGCAAGGUAUAAGAAAAAAUUCACUGACGUUAAUUAUUUUUACAUCCCAAAUAGUAAUAAUACCAAAAAAUUAUUUUUAGAUAUUAAUUUUAGUAUUGUUAACACAGUAUGUGCCAUUUUAUGGUGCUAAAUAUUUUUAAUGGCGAUAAACUAAUUUAUUAUAUCCACACAUUCGUUACAGUCAUUCUCACAUUUCAUUGAACAUAAUUUAUAUAUAUUUAAAAACUUGUACAAGAAAUUACAAGAAUACAGUUGGAAAUAAGAAAGUUU